UCAGGUAGUACGUCGGCGUGUUCAUAUACUAAAUUAUAUACCAUAAUAAGUGUAUACUGUGAAGGGAAAGUUACUUUGAUAAUUACUUGUCUUUAAAUGGAAUUUGCAAAUUGAAAACUUGCAUUGAAGAAUAGUUUUUCAAAAAUUAAUUACCUAAAAUUUUCUAUUAGUUAUGGGUUAUAGCCAGUAAAUGCUAAGUAUGUCUCAGCUUAACGUCAUCAUUUUAUCCAUAUUAAUUGUAAGUUUUGUAAUCUGGGCGGAUGGGGAAGUAUACACAUCAACACACGAGAUGGAGUAUCUAUUAGAAACUCAACAGAGAGUCGUACAAGAACUAGAUGCGUAUAUUUCUACAGAAGAACAAAGACUGAACGAUUUAAAACGGCAUUUGGACAUAUUCAAGAGGGAACAGAAGAAGGCAAUGGUAGAUCCAGUCAACUACGUCGGUAGCCCAAUAAACGCGUUCACUCUGAUCAAGAGACUCACAUACGAUCUGAAAGAGAUUGAGACGAACAUUAAAGUUGGAAUAGAAUACAUUAACAACGUAACACUUAGGGAUCAUGACGUGAUGUAUCCAACGCAGGAAGAUCUGACAGGCGCCGCAAUUGCUUUAAGCCGGCUGCAACAAACAUACCAGCUGGAAACAGAUGAUCUAGCUGAGGGCAAGUUGAAGGGAGUAACGUACAGCACACCAUUGAACGCGGGUGACUGUUUCGAGCUGGGUAAGGCUCUAUACCGUGAAAAAAUUUACAAAGAAGCACUCGAAUGGAUGACUGUGGCUUUACGUAAAUAUGAAAUGGAGCAGAUCACUUAUAACUUCACUGAAGAGAAUAUUUUCGACUUUAUCGCAAACACAAAAUAUGUGUUAGGUGACAUAAAGAGUGCGUUGGAGUGGACAAAGAAACUAUUGAUAUUGAAUCCGAGUCACAAGCGAGCUAGUGUUAACAUCCCAUAUUUGAACAAGUUGAUUUCUGUGGAAGAGAACGAUUUGAAACGCCGCCGUCGUGGGGACACAGGAGAAGAGAUAGUUGAGGUACGGGUAGAGCCGGCGUCAACAAUGACCUACGCUUACCAUUUCACUAUUUACGAGAAACUUUGUCGUGGCGAAUCCAACUUACUCCCAAGUAUCAGCAAGACGUUAUCAUGUCAAUACUUGACAGGAGAACACCCGUUCUUACGAUACGCGGCCAUCAAGAUGGAAUAUCUGUACAGAGACCCGGAUAUUGUCAUGUAUUACGACGUGUUGAGUGACAAUGAAAUUGAUUUCAUUCAAAAUCUGGCUAAACCUAAUUUGCAACGGGCGACUGUUGGUGACGAGUCGGUGUCGGCCCACUACCGCAUCAGCAAGACUGCGUGGCUGAAGGACGAGACAUCACCGGUCGUAGCGCGCGUGUCACGCCGCGUCGCGGACUUCACAAACCUCGAUCUCAAUACCUCCGAGGAUUUGCAGGUCGCCAACUACGGAAUCGGAGGACACAAUGUGCCGCACUUCGACCACGCCAGGAGUCAUGAAAGCCCAUUCAGCUCCGAAGAGGGAAACAGAAUCGCGACAGUUUUGUUUUACAUGUCUGAUGUGGCGCAAGGGGGUGCCACCGUCUUCACUGAGCUGGGCCUGUGCGUGUUCCCAGUCAAAGGUGCUGCCGUGUUCUGGAUGAACCUGCACCGUUCUGGGGCUGAGGAUCUGGCCACGCGCCACGCGGCCUGCCCUGUACUCCUUGGCUCCAAAUGGGUAUGCAACAAGUGGAUCCAUGAGGUUGGUCAAGAGUUAGUGAGGCCGUGUAGUCUGGAGUAUCAACCAGAAAAUAUGCAUCUGAAGCUGUCGCGAGGUGUUCCUAAGUCGUUUAGAUAGGUUAUGUUUAACAUAUACGAUUAAAAGGACUUAUUGUAAUUCAGUAAGAACUUAGGGCUAUAUUUCACCUUGAGACUAAGGUUGCGGAACCAGUCGCCGCAACCAUCCAAUUAUUUACACCUAUACACUAUAGUUACUCACCUGGUGUCCGAUUGGUUGCGCAGCCAAGCUGUCGGCGCCGAUUCACUGACU